AUGGUAGGACAAGAAGAAUGGCUGGAUCAAACCACCUAUUACUCGGUUUUGGGAUUGACUACCGAUGCUUCAGAAGCUGAGAUCAAGAAAGCUUACCGUAAAAUAGCGAUAGCUAUUCACCCAGACAAGAACAAGUCCAAUGGUGCGGCCGAAAUUUUCAAACUGGUUUCCCACGCUCAAUCUGUCUUGGCCGAUAAACAGAAGAGACAAGAUUACAAUCGAAAACUGAUUUCAAAGGGUCUCCACACAUAUGUACCGAAAAUUUGCAAAUUGUCAUCAAUGGUCUCAGCAGUAGCAGGGAAAAAUACUGCAAAUGAGAGAGAGUUCCAAACGCCUUCCUCUUCGCCACAGAAACCUCAGUCUCGAGCUAAUUCUGUCAAAUCCACUAACGAAAGUGCUAGCAAACCCACUAACUUCAGCCAUUUCUCAUCUCAAACCUCAUUUUCACGCCAAAGUAAACCCUACGAGCAACAACCGUACGGAUUUGGGGUCGCAAAUGAAUUUCAACAGAGAAGCCCAGGGGCCGUGAGACCAUCUUCUUCGGCCAAAGGAAGUGAAAAGCACAAUACAUUCAAGGCAAAGAGCUACCAACACCAGCGUCCAGAAUCAGAGCAGAAAAGGGAAUUUAAAACAAGUGGUUCCACUCAUGGAUCAAGGUCCCAAGCCACCAAACAGGGCCUCAAAAACGACGCUCGACCGGCGCAAGAUUUGCCAGAUAAUAUGGCCAACGAAGGGAAAAGGACAAAGCUGGAUGACAAUCAGAGUCGCAAAAACAGCGCAUUCUCUUCUCCCUUUUCGAACCACCAUGAACGGCACUACGCGAGGACCACGCGUCACGAAAGAGAACAACAAAGAAGGUCUACAUCGCCGGUGAAGAAUCAGCCCAACACGGGUGCAGACACUCUACAAGACCUCAAAAGCCUCUUAAAAAGAUUCAAUGACGUUCAAGUCAAAAAUGACUCUGAAAAAACGAAAUCUAGCGUUAAAACGAAGCAGCCAACAAAGACGAAAGUGACUUUAGAUGCUACGUCGAUGAGAGUAGAUUCUAGCGAAGAAAAAUCACAUCCGCAUGCGGAUGACAUAUCAAGCCGACCACAGGACAUAAUAAACCCGCUCAAAAGGCCCGGAGACACCAAAGCCGUCCCAAAUGUGUUAGAUUCUUCCAAAACCUCCGACUUUAGACUCGAUGAACUAGGAACGGUGCUUCCCAAUGACGACGAGUUCUUCGACAUGCAGCAAGUAAGUGAAAUGCUAGAUGGGGUGCGGGUCAAGAGACCUAAAACAGAGCGCAAUGCUUCGCAGGAUCACAGUUACACGCGAGUUCAAAGACAGAGCCCUGAGGGCGCACAUGCUCACGGAUCAACGUUUGAAAGCCUGUCUCGACCAGUGAACGAGGCACUGCCGCGCAUAUACAAAGUAGAGCAUCUUUCUAUUCAGGAGCUAGGAAUGGACAUGGAUAUCCUCGACCUGGUCUUGCCCAUGGUGCCAAUUUUGCACGCGAGCAACGUCAUCACCAACCAGGAUUUGGUACGGAUGACGGAAAUGGUACGAAUUUACCAUAAUCAAGCCAACAAUCUCAAGCGCAGACUUCUGGAUGUAUUAUUGACACGAUCCACAGCAGAUGAUCUCUUCAAAGUUCGUCUCACUCGCGUCGAGAACAAGUUGGUAUUUCAACAAGCUAAAUCAUACGAUGUGCAAGUCACAGAAAUGCUACAGGAACUACAAAAUCGGCAGCAGGAGGUAGCAGAAAAGCUAAGCAUGCUCAUGGAUUCAUUCUAUCGUGCGGGACACAAUUGA